AUGAAAGGAGUCGUUCCCGAACGAGCUGCAGCAGCCGCUGUUGCUGCUCGAGUUCUCGCUUCUCUUCCACCGCAUCAGAGAUAUAGUUUGGCUUCGAGUUCUGAAGAAUUGAGCUCAAUCUAUGGAAGCAGUCCUAAUAUUAAAAUUCCAGAGGAAUUGGAAGAGGAAUUCUAUGGAGAGGAGUUCGACCCAGUUAGGCAUGUCUUAGAGAAUAUUCCAUCUGAAGAGACUGAUCUAGCAUAUUUUGAGGAACAGGCUGCUGUGAGAUUAGCACAGUUAGAUAAAAUAUCUGAGCGAUUAUCACGUCACGUUAUGGAACAUCAUGAAGAAAUGGUGAAGGGAAUGAAUUUGGUGAGGGAGUUGGAGAAGGACUUGAAGGUUGCAAAUGUCAUUUGCAUGAAUGGACGAAGGCACCUUAUCUCCUCAAGGAAUGAAGUGUCAAGGGAUCUCGUUGUUACUAAAAGUUCUAAGAAGAAGCAGGCGCUUCUGGACAUUCUUCCAGUUGUGACAGAGCUUCGCCAUGCAUUAGAAAUGCAAGCAGCUCUGGAUUCUCUCGUUCAAGAAGGAAACUUUUCAAAGGCAUUUCAAGUGCUAUCAGAGUAUUUGCAACUUUUAGAAAGUUUGUCGGAGCUUUCGGCUAUACAAGAAAUGAGUCGUGGUGUUGAAGUUUGGCUCGGUAAAACUCUUCAUAAGCUAGAUUCACUUCUGUUGGGAGUUUGCCAGGACUUCAAAGAAGAUGGAUACGUUACUGUGCUUGAUGCUUAUGCAUUAAUUGGAGAUGUUUCUGGACUUGCUGAGAAAAUACAAAGCUUUUUCAUGCAGGAGGUUAUCUCCGAAACACAAUCUGUCUUGAAGACUAAAGUGAUGGAGCUCUUUUCAACUAUGCAAUCCCUAAAGUCUUUGCGCCAAAGGCAAUCAUCAAGUUGA